UGAGCUGCCCCUCGCUAUAAAAAACCUCGCGCGCUUCGCGUUGCUUCUCUCUCUCUCUCUUUCUCUCUUUCUCCCUCGCAGGCUUCGCGGCUCACAGUCAGUGCAAACUCGUACGUUGCAGCUAACGCGCGUCGCGCUGCGUCCCUUCGCCACCUCGUCGUCAGUCCGGUCUCGAGGCUUUGCGCAUGUAUAGUGCGCGCGCGCGUGUGUGUGUGUGUGUAGCCGUUGGCUAGCUACGGUAGCGCAGCCGCGACUUGCGGGCCGCCUGUACAAGCUAUACGGGGCUCUCCGAUAUAUAUGCAUACACAAUUGCAACUUAACAACCCGAAAGCGCUUGCUCUCUUUCUAUCUCGCUCUCGCCGUCUGUCUGUCUCUCUCGCACACUCGUUGCAAGCUCGCUGUUUUUGUAUUGUCGUACGAAACACAUCAGCUGUUUGAUUAUUUGCCGGUUCAACGUUUAUUUUGACUAGUUAUUACUCUGUGCUCGAGGGCCUCACGCCCGUCUUUUACGUCUAGUUUCUCCAAUUACUUUUAGGUUAUUUUUCUGCUAACUCGAUACGUACUCUGUCGGGUACCAGUUUUGUACAUAGAUAAUACGACGUGCAUCUUGUUGAUGUUGUGGACGUAAACUUCACACGAUGGCCAAACAAAACAAAGCCAAUGCAAAGGCUAAACCGGCCAAAAAGAAUAAAACGAAAAAAGUGAAGAAAACAGUUACUACUGCACCAGGUCGGCCCACACGCAACAUGUCAGGAAGGGGCAAGCGGCGGGGUCGUCCCCCCAAAACUGCUGUGAUGGAGAGGCCCAAAAAAUUUCAAUACCAUUUGAUGAAGAAACCCAAAUAUCUUCAGGCCAAGGGAUCCGACACACCAUCUUCUCAACCGAAUACUCCUAGUGCUUCACGUUCUGCUUCACCUCAAGAAAGUCAUGAAGAUACUCGCAGUACUAGACGUAGUACUAGAAAUCGUAAACCUCAAAAAGUGGUUAAGGAAAAGCACACUAAAAAAACUGGUCAUUCUGGUUCAGCAUAUCAGAGAAGAGGAUACAACGCACAUGUUGAUUAUCAUGACUCUGAAUACCAUUAUGGAUCAGAUUUUGGUGAUGAAUCUAGCGACAAGAGUGACAUUGAUGAUGACCCUCUACUUCAAAGCGAAGAUGAAUCAUCUGAUACUUUGGAAGAACCAGAUCCAUCAAGUGACAGUGACUUUUCUCUCUCAAGUUUUAGCAAUAACAGUAAUACUCCCAAAAGGCCUCUUCUGGCUCAACCAAGACCACCUAGUCCAGAACCUCUGUGGCUUCAAAAUUGUGAAAUUCCAAAAUUGGAAUUACCUAAAUCUUCAGAAGAUUUGUUGGUUCCCAAAAAUUUAAUCAUGCCUUGUCUUUCUAUAUAUGAAGUUCUUCGGCACUUUAAAACGCUUCUUAGACUUUCUCCAUUCAGGUUUGAAGAUUUUUGUGCCGCAAUGACUUGUGAAGAUCAGACCAAUCUAUUUGCAGAAAUUCACAUCACACUUAUCAAAGCUUUAUUGCGAGAAGAAGAUUCUCAGCAAACUCACUUUGGCCCACUUGAUCAAAAAGAUUCUGUAAACAUUACUCUUUAUUUUGUUGAUGCUAUGACAUGGCCAGAAGUUUUAAGGGCAUAUAUUGAAAGUGAUAAGAGUUUUGAUCAAAAUAUUUUAGAAAUUUUAUCAAAUUCGGAAUAUCCUUUUUCUGGCAUUGAAGACAGAAUAACUGUUUUACAAUUUUUGACUGGACAGUUUUUAAUCACUAAUCCUGUUCGAGAAGAUUUACAGCAUGAAGGUAACAAAGACUAUGAUGAUCAUUGUCGGGUUUGCCAUAAAUUGGGAGACUUAUUGUGUUGCGAAACAUGUCCUGCUGUGUUUCACUUAGAAUGCGUUGAUCCACCACUGAUUGAUGUUCCUCCUGAAGAUUGGCAAUGUAAUAUAUGUAAAGCUCACAAAGUAAAUGGUGUAAUGGACUGCAUACCAGAUGCAGAAAAAAAAGGUCUAUUAUGCAGGCAAGAACAUUUAGGUUUUGACAGACAUGGCCGAAAGUAUUGGUUUUUAGCAAGAAGAGUUUUUAUAGAAAAUGAAAAUGGGGAAAUAUGGUAUUAUAGUACUCCAUUACAACUUGAAGAAUUAAUGAAUGUUCUAGAUAAAGAUGAUAUGGAAGUUGCACUUUGUAGAGAGCUAUCUGAUUAUCUAGAUGAAAUUAAAAGACAAAUGGAACUUACAGAAACUAUAACUAACAAGUAUAAAGGAAAUAAAAAAUCAUACUUGGAAGUCGAAAACAGUCUUAUUUUAAAAAUGAGAAAAGAGCGUCAGGAAAAAUUGGAAAAAGAAGAAGAAGAGCAGAAAGAAAAACAAAGGCAAGAAGCUGAGGAUAUAGUUCGUCAAAUACAUGAUGAUUCUGAAUCUCAGCAGCAAGAUGUAGAAAUGCAGGACAGUUCCAAAAUGGAUUCUAAAAAAAGUAAUGAAAAUGCAAAAGAAGAACAAAAUUCUAUUGACAUAGUUGAAAGCGAAAAAUCAAAAAUUGAAGACAUGCAAACAGAAGAAACAUUAGAAGGCCUUGAUAAAGAUGGUAAACAUAAUAUUGUAACAAGAUCCAAAACGGGUUCGCUGACUCCAAAGAUCAACAACUUGGAUGAAGCAAAGAAAAAACCUAAUACUAUGAGUGUUAAUGAUUUAGAAAAGUUUGAAAAAACAUUGAAAGAUGAGAGUGACAAUUCUCGUUUAACAAGGUUUAAAGCGCAUCAGAUAGCUUCUGGUACUCAUUUGUUUAAACUUGGAAUGGAUAACAAUUUUAAAUCAUAUGUCAAUCAGUACAGUACAAACCCAAUAGCAUUAAAUAAAACUCAGCGAAAUGAGGAGCGAGAUAAGAAACGUCAUUUAUCACAUAAAUUUGCAUUAACUCAAUCAGUAGAAUUCAAAUGGAUUGGUAGUAUAACUGGUGCUAGGGCACUGCUUGUUCAAACCUUACGUCAAACAAUUUUACAAUUAGAAAGUAUGAUUCAAGCUCCUUUUAUGCAUACAAAUUGGCCAGUAUUACGGAAACCAUGGACAGUUGCAGUGGGUUCUUGCGUAAAUCCACGAGAUUUUGCUCGUGCCCUAAUUGCCUUACAAGCCUGUAUUAAAUCGGUUGUGUUUGCUAAUGUUUGGCAUGAACAACUUGGACAUGUAAAGUUGCAGAGGGUGACAGCAAUUGAACGCGAAGAAAAAAAACGUCUUGAUAAAAAAGAAAAAAAAGAUAAGGAAGAUGAAGAGGAAAAAAAUAGACUUACUUACAAUUUUGUUAAGUAUACACUUGGUAUCAAGCAUCAAAUUUGGAAACAAAAAGGAGAAGAAUACAGAAUUCAUGGUCAGUGGGGAUGGCUUUGGUUAUCAUCUAACAGACGACGUAAAUUAGUUGAUUCCAGUAAACAAGGUUUAAGUGCCGGUCCUCAAAAAAUUAUGGUUCAAAUUAAGGAUCAAGUUGGUUUGAAAAUUUUAGCAGUGGAUCCCCCAACAUACGAUUAUUUAAUAAAAGAAUACCAACCAUCAGAUAUUGUUGAUUCAGCUGAUAAAGUUGAAAGCAGUAAAGUGAAAUCAGAAGAAACCUCAGGUUCUGAUGUCAGUGCAAGUGUUGCCAGUGAAGUAAAUACUGAAAAUCAAAAAGAUGAAAAAUCAAAUGAGGAUGAAGAUAAAAGAUCCAAAACUGAAGAUGGUCAAAAAAAUGAUUCCAAAGCAGAAACACCCAUUCCUAAGCAAGAAUCUAAAGCUGGCCCAGCAUAUUUAGCUGGCAUGAAAAUUCAGCAGGUUGUAAAACCAAUAACAGAAUCUGAGGAAAUUGAUAUCACCAAAGCUCUUACUACAUCAGGACGAGCAUUUUACCCUAAAGUUGCUAAGAAAACAAGAAUUGAUGAAUUCCUUGCCAGACGUACUCAUUUAAAAUUAUUGGAGGAAAGACGACUAAGUCAAUCCGAAAAAGCACGAGAAAUCAUCAAGCAAACCGCCAUGAAGAAAACUGUUGAAGAAAAUGAUGUUGACGGUGAAAAGCUUGAAGAGAAUAGUGUUAAAUCAAAAACUCUACUACCGGCUAAAGUUAUCAAUAAAGCUAUCAGUCCUGGGACAAGAGAUGUUCUUGCAGCUAUUGGAAAACGCAUACAACAAGUGAAAACACAAUUUACCAAUCUUACUCGAUUAGGUGGAAAAAAUAAUGCUUGUUAUUCAAAAUACUGCAAUCAAGCUAAACAAAAUUUGAAAAACCAAACAUUACUAUCUGCUCAAAUGUUAACUCCGCAGUGCUAUUCACCUACUUGUCUGAAAAUGAAUCAGUUAAAAAGAGAUUUGUUAAUAUUAUUGAGAAAAGCUAAUGCUCUCAAUAUGAAAACAGUUCCAUUAAAUUCUUCAAUUACAACGACUAAACCCAUUUCAAGUCCGAUCGCAUUGGUAAAAAUUGCUGAUAAACAACAAAGUGAAAUCAAAAAUGAAUUCAAAUCUGCCAAUGAAAAUGAAAUUAAAACCGAAGUAAAAUUAGAUGAAAAAAAUGAUAAAAUAAAAUUGGAUAUAGAGGAUAACGUAAAAAAUAUCGAAAAUAAAAAUGUUGGUACCGUAAUUUCAACCAAUACAACUGUUACAACAACUACCACAGUAACUACUACAACGCAAAAAAUACAAACUGUCGAUGGAGUUGUUAAGAAUAUAAAAGAAAUGGUGACAUCUUGUAAUGUUACUGAUGUUAAAUCAGAAACUACAAGUACAAGUAAUGCUGAAACUUCAUCUCCUAAAACAACAACUAUUGUGAAUAAACGUGGCAGAACUGUGCAAAGAAUAGUUCAUGCCAGAGAACUGAAUGCAGAUGGUUCUGAAAAAAUUUAUUCAGCAACGUCAACAGAAGGCAAAGUUUACUUGAAAAAAGUUGCAAUCUCAUUAGCAGAUCGAAAGAAAAAACGUACACCUGUUAAGUACCCACUAUGCUCCACAUUUUGUUCUAAAACCAAUCAACGUACAAUACUAGUUCUUCCUCAACAUGAACUAAAAAAAUUAGCUCGAUCUGCUGGUCGUGUAUGGGUACAUGGAUUUCAUCCAGCAGCAAAAGCAAAUCCAUCUGUGUGGCCUUAUCCUUGCCCUAGACCUCUUUUCAAAACAUGUUGGCUAUACAGAACAGUUGGAUUACGAUCACUUGCUGCAGCAGCUCUCCAACUAAGAAUUCUGUGGUCCUGUAUUAGAUGGGAUGAUGUGAACACAAAACCAAUGUCCAGCGAUGGAAAACAUCAAGUUACAACUGAUACCGAAAUAAUGUCGUUAGAAAUAUUAAAACAUCGUCAUGUAGGUCAAUUUAUGGAUAAAACUCAAUACUUACGAAGAAAAGUCGUGAUCCCUCUAGAAUUACCAAAACAAGUCAGAGAAGUAACAUCGAUUCGUAGUGGUUUGCGUAAAAGAAAACGUCCAGAAUCCCCACAAAGCACGGAACCUCAAGUAUCUGAAGAGUGGGUUGACGAAGAUAAAUUAGAAUUGUGGGAAAUUAAACAGUAUGGAGAAAGAGUGGAAAAGGCUAAUGCCCAAAUUAUGACAAGAAGUAGAUCAGGUGGACCACAAACAAUGGUUAUUGGUAAUAAAGGUAACUCUUCGUUUAGUAGUUCUGAUCAUUUAGUAAGUGGCAAAGCAACGCCUGAAGAAAUCAAAGAGAAAAUGGAGCAACAGUUGAGACAACAAAGAGCAGCUCAUCAACAGAAAAGGGCUUUAGAAAAUUUGAAAAAUCUUGGCACACCUGGUACGCCUGGAACUCCAGUGACACAGUUAGUUAAAGUUACGUCUAAUUCCAUUCAAGAUGGCACAGUCAAGGUAGUAACCAAACUUGCCUUACCCUCGAAUUCAAACACUCCUCAAGGAAAAUCACAAAUUUCGUCCAUUCUUGGUACUCCUCAAAAUAAGUUUGUUGGUACAAAACGAAUUUACAUGGCAAAAGCUGCUGAUGGUACAACUAGGGUAAUUUCCGGGCCUACCAGUAUUUUGCCAAAAACACCUCAACAACAAGCACAAGCAACUAACCAACAGUUACUUGCAAAAGCAACUGUGACAACGCCUCCUGUGACUCCACAUGUGCCGCAGAAAGUGCAAAUUUUGCGAGGACCCGAUGGAAAACUGCAAGUUAGAGGUCUACUACCGGGUCAGCAGUUGGUUCAAAUGCCAGAUGGAAAACUUCAUGUGCUCAAUACUGCCCAAACAGCAUCUUUAACUGGACAACAAUCCACCCCAACUAGUGUUGCAACUACUCCGACACCUAAUCAAUUAACUGUCAAGAAACCUGUCAGUACGAUUAAAUUACAUACCACGCCUGGCAAAACUACUCCUUUGACUGCACAGAGUAGUCAAAGUCAAUCUGAUACAGCAACAACAUCUCAACAAAAUCCAGCACAACUUCAACAAGUUAUCCAGGCUAGUCAGAGGCUCAAAGCUGCUGUUGUUAAUUCUGGAAAUGUCACAACACCUGUAACUCAACAAAAGUUCGUUAUAGCUAAUACGGGUCAAGUAGUUCAGGGAACACAAGUAUUAUCAUCACCAGGACAAGUUAUUACGGGAGCUGUUAAUCAAAUUGUAGUCAACAGUCCAGUACUAGCUCAACAAUUAGCUUCUGGUAAAGCUCAACUUGCCACUAUAAAUGGACAACAAGUUAUACUACGAACAAAUGCCACUGGAGGCAAUUUGGUUCAGUUAAGUCCAGGCAAUAUAAUCAUGAGAAAUGCCGUCACUCCGACUAAAACUGUUGCAGCGCAGCAAGUCACAACUCAAACAACUGUUAGUAACGAAAAUCCUACUUCAAGUGUAUCAGAAAGUACUACCACAACAGUUGUAACUUCGCCAACCACUACGACUACUCAAACAACACAAGCACAGCCUUCCACACCUACUGCUACCCCUGGGAAUGUGGAAGCAUCAUUGUUACAAGGACAGCCUCCUGGAACUGUCAUAAAAUGCGUCACUGCUCAAGUUAUCCAAACAACUCAAGGACCUCGUAUCGUUUUACAAGGUAUUCAAAAUGCUAAUUUCACACCGGCACAACUGUCCAUGGUUCAUCAUCAAGUGAAACAACAACUGCUCAAAGCUCAAGAAAGUGCUGGAAAUAAAAGUGUGAUUGGACCAACUAAAAUAUACUUAGCCGUUCAACCUGCCCAAUCAACAACAAAACCACAGCAAAUUCAAUCUCCUGCUCAAAAUGACUUGGCUCCUAAGCCCAAAAUUGUUACAACUGAUUCAAAUCUCAAAGUAGAAGAAAAAGUCAAAACAGAACCAUCAGAAGUACCAAAACCCGAAGUGGCAUCGCCGAAUAAAACUAAAACUGUUCAACAAGACGAAGUACAAAAAUCAAAUGUUGCAAAUGGACAGCAGCCAGUUCAAACGCCGAAAGAUUCUGCUGCCAAUGCAUUCGUUGUCACUCCCGAUUAUAUACAGCAAACUAUUAAAAAUGCAUUGAAACAAGAAAAUCUUAAUCCCGAAAUUGAAGAAAAGCUAUUACAAUUACAAAGAUAUCAAGAAAAACAAAUGAAGGGUAGUGAUGGCACUACAGUAAGCGCUCAAAGUCAUAUUACACCAGUUCCUACCAUAUCACGAGCCCCAGCACGUAAACGACCUACACCAUCCCAAAAUUCUACGACACCCACUGCUUCUCAAGUAAGUGGCAAUGAAAAAACUGAAUGGUCAACAGAAACUCCGAAAAGACGACCUCCACCGAAACAAGAACAUCGUGAAAUUACCAAGUUGCAAAAACCAUCUGAACCGGUUAAUGAUUUAGCCUUAAAAAAUCGGGCUAAUAAAUUGAAAGAAACUCAAGAGCAAAGAAGAAAACAACAAGAGCAAUCCAGAAUGCAAGUUCUCUUGUUCAGACAUAAAGAAUUACUCAAAAAAGAUAUUCUCAAACGGCGAGCUCUACUUGAAAAAGAACUUUCAAUUGAUGUUCAAAAGGAUCUUUCUUCUGAAAUUGCUAAUCGAACCAAGGCUGAAAGGCAUAAACAAGAAGAAGUUAAAGUUGGCAGUGCUAAGCGAAAGGCCAAUGCUCAACCUCCACAAUUAAUUAGUCCGACAAAUAAAAACAGACCAAAGAAACAAAAAACCGGACAUAACUUACCUGCAAGUAACACACCGUCAAGUAGAAUGAAAAAGGAAAAGCUGUAUUGUUUGUGCCGAACUCCAUAUGAUGAAACGAAAUUUUAUGUGGGUUGUGAUCUUUGCAACAACUGGUUCCAUGGCGAUUGUGUCGGCAUUACUGAAGAAAUGAGUAAAACUAUGUCAGAAUUCGUUUGCACAGAAUGCAGACAUGCUCGAGAUACCCAAGAACUUUAUUGUUUGUGCAAGCAACCAUAUGAUGAAUCUCAGUUCUAUAUCUGCUGUGAUAAAUGCCAAGAUUGGUUCCAUGGUAGAUGUGUAGGUAUUCUUCAAUCCGAAGCGGAUAAUAUAGACGAAUAUGUUUGUCCUAACUGUCAGCGGAAUUCUUCUGUUAAUUUUGCUAAUAUGAAAAAUCUUAAUAUCAAGGAUGUUGAACUUUUAAAGAAACUUAUCAAACAAAUACAGACUCACAAAAGUGCUUGGCCAUUUAUGGAACCCGUUGAUCCCAAUGAGGCACCAGAUUACUAUAAAGUAAUUAAAGAACCAAUGGAUCUUCAAACAAUCGAACUGAGGAUAAACGAAGGAGUUUACAAAAAAUUAAGUGAAUUUAUUGGUGAUAUGACCAAGAUAUUUGAUAACUGUCGUUACUACAAUCCGAAGGAAUCACCAUUUUUCAAAUGUGCGGAAUCAUUAGAGACAUAUUUUGUAAAUAAAAUUAAAUGUUUGAGGGAAAAAUUUUCCGAAGCAAAAUGAACAUAUAAAUAUUGAGCUUGGUCUCUAUAUUGUAAUUAUAAAAUUAAUUUAGGACUGUUAACGUAGUUCAACUAACGUUUAUCGACGUUGCAAGUGACAAGUUGACAGUCGUUUCAGUAAAUAAGUCAUUUUUAUAUAAUGAUAAAUGGACAAAUUUAUUUCUUUCGAAAUAAGCUGUAAAUUGUCCAAAAUUUUAUAAAAUAAGACGGCAUAUGUCUGCGCUUGAAAGACCUCUUUUAAACAUGCCAUCUUGUGCAUUCACAGACAUAUAUACGUGUGAUACAUUUUUCUUUAUUUUUAAUUAAUAAAGUACAAAAUUAGGUGGUCAUUGUAAAAUUUCUCAACUUCAUCAUGUAAAAUCCUACUUAACUUAAUUAUUAAUCAAAGUAAUUGCAUUAAACAACAAAGUUGAAUUCUGUUAUGUAAAAAAUUUCAAUUAAAUUAAUUUUAUUCAAAUCUCUAAUUUUUUUUCGAGAGUGAUGAGAAUUUCAUAUGCAAUAAUGUCUCAUAAUAUUGAUGGUAAAAAAUAUUAUGAAAUCAUGUUUUUGCUUGAAGAAGU